ACACCCACAAUCAACCGAGCGCGUUUGUUUGGCGGCAGCCAAGUGAACCUGCACCAUCCGCCCCAUCACCUCAUCUUUCCCUUCUCGGUGGAAGGGCGCGUCAGUCGAGUCAAUCGAUGCCUUACGUCAAGCCUACAGUGCACAUCUCGCGCAUUGCAGGCACCGCUCUCAAGAGCUUCACCCACGGCUACGCCCAAACCGUUGUAGCCGCAUCCCAGUCCAGCUAUGCUGCUCAGAACACCUCAGCAGUCCCGCUCGCGGACACCUUAAUUGGUCGCUUCCGCAAGAACGCAAAGAGUCGCCAACAGAAUGUCUACAAUCACCUUGAAGGCAGCCGACAGGCCAGCACUGCUGCUACUGUCAGGCCCGAAAAUGGACAUCACCGAGAUUCUGGCCUAGAUAAAUAUUUUGAUGCUUGGCAGAAGCACCAGCGCAACGAGGGCACGGAGUCGACAUGGCACUUUCAAUUCGCGCGGCGUUUGGAAUGGAAGCCGGCGACGCACGCAGUUGUCCCGGUCCAAGUACAAGAAGUCGCCGAUGUUGACGACGUCGCCGAAACAAACGAGUCCGCAACACCUCUGCUCAAACGCUCAUACACAACUACCGCUCUUGAUGACUUCAGCAAGGCCUUCCUCCAUAAUGAAGCGGCCGAAGCGCAGGCCUUGAAGCAAGUCGAUGAUGCUAUCGCUGAAGAGAUCGCCAAGGCAAAGGAGGAGUCGUUAGAUGGUCUAACGAUCAGAGCCAAGUCACCUUCCGUGGUUGACUCAGAAGCCUUCUCCGAGCCAGAGUCUUCAAGUCCAGCCACGAUCUUCACACCGACGGAGAGUUUCUCGAGCGCCGACUCAGCUGAGGUUAAUGAUGUCCACACCGAACGUCUCCUCGAACUCGAAAAGAACAAGCAGUAUGCGGAUAUUCCAGCCGCGUUCCAGGAAAUGCUACGUGAUGGAGUGCAGAAGCCAUCGCAAGCCGCGUACCGUGCCCUUCUUAAUUCAGCCUUGGAAGUUUCCCAAGGAUCGAACUUGAGAAUUCCACGAGCCCUUGAGGUCUACUCUGAUAUGCUUAGGCGAAAGGUGAUCCCGGAUGCCCUCACCUAUGGCAUGCUCAUUGAUCUUCUCGCUGCGCGAGCCUCUGAGUCCAUGGCCAUGAAGAAAGCUUUGGAUGCUCGCCUUUCGCGAUACGGAGGUCUCGAAGAACCAGGAAAGUUCAUGUUCCGAUCUAGCCAAGCCGAACAUUCCAUGCUGAUGGAGGAUCGCUCCUUGUCGAUGGCCCUCAAGAUGUUCGAACGUGCCAGGGAGACAACAGAAUCACUCCCAAGCGCGGCAUGUGCGUCUCUGGUAAUCGCAUCCGCAGAGCAAGGACGGAUCGAGGACAUGACCCGCGUCUACGAAUACAUGGAGUCCAAAUUUCUGGAGCCGCAGUCAUCGAUUUACUCACCAAUGAUCACAGCGUUCGGCGGCCUUCGCGAUCUUCGAAAUGCGGUUGAAGUCUAUGACGAAUACAAGGAGCUGGCCAUUAAGAACAAUGCCGGUGAAAACACUAUCGUCCGUGUCGACAAUCAGGUCUACGCAGCUGUAAUCAAGGCAUAUGGGUGUGCAGACCGACUGAAGGGCGGGCUUAAGUUCCUCGCCAACAUUCAAGCCAGUAUCGUCGACGAGAAGGAGCUUGAGACUCUGCGUGAAGUCAUUGCACUGGACGCACUUCUACCACUGGCAUUGAGGGAUACUACAUUCCGUGACGCAUUCGAUCUCGCUGGCUCACUUGACGGCCGUGCUUUCACGCAGGCUCUGGCAACCAUUUCAAGCACUGCUGCAGAUGGCAACAAUCUUGAGAUCAGUAACCAAGCAUUUGAAACUCUCACGCGCCACAGCGGCGACUUGGUCGAGCCCAGCAUGGCUUUACUUGCCAUGCACGUGCGAAAUGCCAAUGUUGAGGCAGCUGAACCAUUCUGGCGUGUUCUUGAGGCCGCUCCGGUGAGCAUAGCUUUCGUCGAGCCUACAACCAUGCGCGCGGUGGCUUUAAUCGGCAUCGGUCAAGCUGAGCGUGGGUUGAGGCAGUCCCGGCGCAUGUUUGCCAGAUUGCGUGAAGCCACUUCCGAGAGCCAGCAGAUCGAAGUUGCUCAGCACGUCGACGAAGCUAUUGAGCUCAUGGGCACGUUUAUGCUCAAGAACCAAGCUAUACUUGCUUCAGAUUCAAGCGUAGAGGUUUUGCGCAUGAUGGUCGAGAAUGGCAGCCUUGUCUCGCCUGUGGCAGAGCACCUAGUCGCUCGAUUCGGCCCAGAGCACAUUGCUCGAUUGAGUCAAGCAGACUUGGAGUUCCUCCUCCGCGUGCAGAGCACCAUGAUCCUCGAAGAAUCUCCAGCAGACAUUGCGGGACCAGCUCGCUUUGGCUGCCUUGUCGAGAACGUCGUGUCUCGAUCGGUAAUGCCAUCGGCAGAGACAGAGACUCUUCUCGAGAAGACCUUGAUCAACAUCGAUCGCGCCGAGCUUUCCAGGCUGUGGAACAACUACCGAUACCCGCAGACUCCAGCGUUUCAACCGGCUUCGUUUACGCCAGUGGUUUCAUAUCAGGCACCAGCUUCGCUCGAGGAUACCUUCGACCCAUACGCAAACCGCACCGACAUCAAGGGCUCUAACAUGAUCAAUGAGCUUCUUGAGCAGCCACGCGGUCGUCGAAUGAACGAGGCCUUGAACAAAUUCCGUAAUAUGCGCCGCGUUGGUCGUGUUCCUCGAAUGUUCACUUAUGGCAAAAUCAUCGAAGCGGCUGCGAAAGAGAACAACCUCAACCUGGCUCGCGACGUUCUUGAGAUGGCCAAGCAGGAUGUUCCAUUCGAUGCUCGCUAUCGUGUUGUCCGAUUCGGCUGGCAGCAGAUCCUGGACCACAUGGUUGCUGGAUGCUUGAAUGUGGGCCGCCGAGAUCUUGCCAGCAAAUACCACCAGGACAUGAUCGACAUGGGAUUUGCGCCUUCUGCAAAUACCUUUGGAUUGUACAUCACAACGCUCAAGGAGAACACCAAGACAUUCGACGAGGCCAGCGAAGCCGUCAAGAUCUUCCUUCGCGCGAAGGCUGAGGGUGUGGAGCCUUCCUCAUUCCUCUACAAUGCGCUGAUUGGCAAGCUUGGCAAGGCCCGCAGAAUCGAUGAUUGUCUUUUCUACUUUGCUGAGAUGCGCAACCUAGGCAUUCGUCCGACGUCCGUUACAUACGGCACCAUAGUGAACGCACUAUGCCGUGUGUCAGAUGAUAAGUUUGCGGAGGAGAUCUUCGAAGAGAUGGAGGCUUGCAGCAACUACAAGCCUCGUCCAGCCCCUUACCACUCUUUGAUGCAGUUCUUCCUGACCACGAAGCGUGACCGUACCAAGGUCCUGGCAUACUACGAACGCAUGCGCAGCAAGGGGAUUCAGCCGACUGUGCACACCUACAAGCUUCUCAUCGAUACUCAUGCAACCCUGGAGCCGGUCAACAUGGCAGCCGCUGAGGCACUGCUUGAUGAGAUGAAGGUCGCUGGCGUCCAGCCGGAAGCUGUGCACUAUGCUUCGCUGAUCCACGCCAAGGGCUGCGUGCUGCAUGACAUGGAGGCUGCCAAGAAGCUUUUCGACGGCGUCCUCGCCGAAGGCAAGGUCCAGCCACUGCCCUGCAUGUACCAGGCCGUGCUCGAAUCUCUCAACGCCAACCACCGCUCCGCAGAGUGCGAAACUCUUCUUCAAGACAUGGCGGCACGUGGUGUCGACUUCACACCAUAUAUUGCGAAUGCUCUGAUCCACGGCUGGACCUUGGAGAAGAACAUCACCAAGGCCAAGCAGGCCUUUGAUCGUGUCCCAAUCUCGCGUCGUGAGCCCAGCACGUACGAGGCCAUGGUUAGGGCGUAUCUCGCUGCUGAGGAUCGCGACAGGGCGAAGGCAAUCGUUCGCGAGGCGCUCAGCAGAGGCUAUCCCAGUGCUGUAGCCGGCAAGAUCGCCGAGCUUGUGCGCUAAGCUUGAUGUCUUGCAUCAUGGGACUGGCGUUUUUGAUUUGAUCCUCCAAACCAGACACUCUUUGAGUGAUGGAAUUUCUUUUGUCUUCUGGCAUGGAAGGAAGCAGCAUAUAUACCAAUGCAUUGACGGCCAUUAGCGAAGGUGUUUUGGCGCAAUUAUACACAUAUAGCGCCCUCCGGUCUUCAGGAGUGAGGCGAUGGGACAGAAAUGGGAACUUGAUACAGCCGCUGCCCAGUUCCACUGGAGGCAUGCGAGGGCUUUUGAUACAACGGGAGGAGCGCAUUGUCGCAUUUGUGUAUAUUAGUGAUACCCUGUCACCACUCCACUCUGCUGGCAAGUGAUGGUUUGCAUUCUAUCGGCAAAAGAUGGAUGGAGAUUUGAUGCUGGAGUUUCCUUGAAAUGAAAGGAAAUUAAUAUC